AUGGGUAUGAGGAAGGCAUGCAUUUUGGUAGCUUUCUUUGCUUUUUUAAUCUCCAUGGAUAUGGGGACCACCUCUGUUCUGGGUGAUGGCAAGGGCAACGACAACAACCAAGGUGACAACAACAAUGGUGACAACCACAAGGGUGGCAGCAACAAUAACGGCAACCAUGACAAUGGUGACAAUGGCAAAAACAACAAAGGUGACAACAACAACAACAACAAUGGGCAUUCCGAUAAGGGGAAACAUCACAAGGACGAUUCGACAAACUACAAGUUGUUGGACCCAGUUGCAGGGACCGGGCAGGAGCAGGCUGUCUGCGAAGCCAAGGGGGCUUGUCACCAGAGGACCAUUGUCUGUCCGAGCGAAUGCCCAGAGAGGAAGCCCAAGAAAAACAAGAAGAAGAAGGGAUGUUUUAUGGAUUGCAGUAGCAAGUGCGAGGCCACUUGCAAGCAUAGAAAAGCUAGAUGUGAUGGAUAUGGCUCUCUCUGCUAUGAUCCACGGUUUGUAGGAGGCGACGGAGUGAUGUUCUACUUCCAUGGAGCCAAGGGAGGUGACUUCGCCAUCGUCUCGGAUGACAACCUUCACAUCAAUGCUCACUUCAUUGGAACACGACCUCAAGGACGGUCCCGGGAUUUCACCUGGGUCCAGGCCCUUGCAGUGAUGUUUGACACUCACACCCUUGUGAUUGCAGCAAAGAGAGUCUCACGGUGGGAUGACAAUGUGGAUGCUCUCACUGUAAGGUGGGAUGGUGAGACAGUGGAAGUCCCCUAUGAUGGGGAGGCCGAAUGGAGGUACGAUGGCGGAGACCGAGCAGUGGUGGUCGAAAGAACAGAUGAUACUAACAACAUUAGAGUGACGGUGACCGGACUGGCUCAAAUGGACAUUAAGGUGAGACCAAUUGGGGCAGAAGAGAACAGGGUUCACAAAUACCAUAUACCGGCAGAUGAUGCUUUUGCUCACUUGGAGACACAGUUCAAGUUUUAUGGUCUAACAGAACUUGUGGAGGGAGUUCUGGGCAAGACUUACAGGCCAGACUAUGUCAGCCCAGUCAAGAUUGGGGUUCCCAUGCCAAUGGUGGGUGGGGAGGACAAAUACAAAACUCCUUCCCUGCUUUCACCUAUCUGCAACUUUUGUAGGUUCAAGAGACCAUCUGCAAGAGCUAAUGCAGAGGGGAUGCUGUCUCAAUAUUGAAAGUAGUAAGGUAAAUAAAUAUUGUACUGUUUUGUGUUCUUUGUGAUCUCACCAGAUGUUUACAUUUGUUUUGAUUUGAAGGUAUUUGGACUAAAAACAAAAAAUAAAGGGCUAUAAAUCUGCCCAGUAUAUUUUAAUUCUAUAUUAAGUUUUGAAUAUAUUUGGAUUAAA